UGCCUCGAGGUGCACUGUGGGUAAGAAGUCUCCCGGCGACGGCGGAUCCAUGGCGGCCAUCGGGGUCCACCUGGGCAGCAGCUGCGCGUGUGCGGCCGCCUAUAAGGACGGUCGUGCAGAUGUUGUCGCCAAUGAUGCAGGUGACAGGGUUACUCCUGCUGUUGUUGCAUUUUCAGAAAAUGAAGAGGUUGUUGGCCUGGCAGCAAAACAAAACAGAGUGAGAAAUCUUUCAAAUACAGUGGUGAAAGUAAAGCAGAUUCUUGGGAGAAGCUCUGGUGACCCACAAGCUGAGAAGUACAUUGCAGAAAGUAAAUGUUCAGUCAUUGAAAAGAAUGGAAAACUAAACUUUGAAAUAGAUGGCAAACUUGUUUCCCCAGAAGAUGUUGCAAAACUUAUCUUCAGUAAAAUGAAAGAAACUGCUCAGUCUGCUUUGGGCUCAGAUGUUAAUGACACUGUGAUUACAGUACCUUUUGACUUCGGAGACAAACAGAAGAAUGCCCUUGGAGAAGCUGCUACUGCAGCUGGGCUUAAUGUUCUUCGGUUAAUUCAUGAACCAUCUGCUGCUCUGCUGGCUUACGGAGUUGGGCAAGAUUCACCUAGUGGGAAAAGCAAUGUGCUGGUGUACAAACUUGGAGGAACAUCUCUUUCUAUCACGGUUAUUGAAGUCAACAGUGGCCUUUAUCGUGUUAUUUCCACGAACACAGAUGAUAGUAUAGGUGGCAUUUGUUUCACAGAAGCCUUAGCACAACAUUUAGCAUCUGAGUUUCAAAGAUCUUAUAAAUGUGAUGUGAGGGAAAACUCCAGGGCCAUGAUGAAGCUCAUGAACAGUGCUGAAGUGGCAAAGCAUUCAUUAUCGACACUCGGAAGUGCCAACUGCUUCGUUGACUCUCUGUAUGAUGGGCUGGAUUUUGACUGUACUGUGUCUAGGGCCAGAUUUGAACUUAUUUGCUCUGCACUUUUUAACAAAUGCCUAGAAGCCAUCAAAAAGCUCUUGAAGCAAGUUGGACUUACAGCAGAUGAUAUCAAUAAGGUAGUUCUCUGUGGCGGAUCUUCUCGUAUCCCCAAACUGCAGCAGUUGAUCAAAGAACUUUUCCCUAGUGUCGAAUUGCUGAACUCUAUUCCUCCAGAUGAGGUCAUUCCCAUUGGGGCUGCCAUGGAAGCUGGGAUCUUGCUAGGAAGAGAAAAUACAUUUUUAGAUGAUGAGAUACUGCCUAUUGAAUGUUCUGCCAAAGAUAUCUUAGUCAAGGCAAUGGAUCAGUCAGGGGCUGAUAAAUUUGUGGUGGUGUUCCCAUCAGGAACCCCUUUGCCAGCUCGAAGGCAGCAUACUCUACAAGCCCCAGGAAGCAACUCCUCCGUCUGUCUAGAAUUAUACGAGUCUCUGGAAAAGAUCCCCAUAAAAGAGGACAACAGAUUUGCACAGAUUGUCCUCCAGGAUUUAGAUAUAAAGGAAGGUGGUCUGCGUGAUAUCCUAACUGUUCUCACAAUGAAAAGGGAUGGAUCACUGCACGUUUCCUGUACAGAUCAAGAUACCGGAAAAUGUGAAGCCAUUACUGUAGAGGUGGCAUCGUAGUCUUAAUUUAGAAGGUUCUGUUUUUUUAAUUGUUACCUCAAACCAGGUUUUAAGUGAGUGAUGCCAUGUGUACAAUACAAUAAAUACAAUACAAUGAAAAUAUGAAGUCUGCAUAGAUCUUUGGAAAACAGAAAAGUUGGGUCAUUACAGUCUUAAGAUGAAGCUGGUAACAGUUGUGUAUUUAGCAAUGAGCUGCAGAAAAUAUUUCAUGGAGCUAGAGUUUUAUGCAUGGCAACUGACAGAUAAGGGGUGAGCAUAAACAAGGCUUCCUAAAACCCAACAUAUACCUAAAGUGAUGGAAAUUAUAAAGACGGGCUCCACUUCUUGUGCUGUUGUCCAAGAGGCACCCUUUAGACCUGAAUGGUUCCUCCGCUCACAACCCUCUAGGACUCCUCUGAAUGCCAGAGCUUGUUUCAAGGCCAGCUAGUUUUGGCUAGUAAACAUCUGAGCAAUUACUUGGGAAGGUAAGUGAGAAAGGAGGAAAGUUGCUGAUUGUGUCAAACCCAUGACCUGAACACUGGACUCACUGUUACAGCAACCAGUCUUUUCUUU